GGAGCUUCCAUGUUGCAAAAAAAUUGCAGUGCAGUGCAGCUUCGACAACUGCCCAGGGGCAGCAGUGCCCGUGCGUCAGUGCUUGGAUUGGGGAGCCACGACUUCGGGAAGAAACAAGAGACAUUGAACACAAAAUUUUGUCUCGAGGCACUAAUUCUACCAAUGAGAUAUCGUCACUGCAGAUAGAUAUUACGAGGUAUGUAUUUAGCCGCAAUUCUCAACUCUCAGUAUUUGCAUGCUAGCACCCCGCCGUUAAAAGCAGUCACCAGUCAACCAAUCACCACUACCAAAAGGCAAACCCCAAGCCAUGAAGCACCAGACAUCAACCACCAUGUCGCCGUGCAAAAGCUAGGUAGAUGGCAAGGUACCAUACCCUCACGAUGAUCAACCCCCAUGAGCCCCAGUCCUCGACCGGCCAUCCCGCCUUUCACUCCCUCGUUCGGGCCUCAGGGCUCUGGGGCACAAAGACAAGGACAGACAGCCUUUUCCGCUCUCGUCUUGGGCUUGAUCGCAGAAGCGAGGAAAAGAGGACCCGAUCGUCGCUGGCUCUUGAACACAGUGGACAAAGCCAUUUGAUCUCGCCUGGAAAACUCCGAGUUCGGAUUGGACAAUGUGUUGUGCAGUUGGUGGUGUGUGCCUUGCAUAGCAACUAUCGUGCAAUAUCGGUUCUACGGGAGGUUCGACAGCACCCGUUCACGUGCAGCGCGUUGCUGGUUACUACAGUAAUGGCAAUAACAUGGACAUCCACUCUGGAAAUUGAACACGAUGCAAAGUACCCUUCGCAAUACCACUCAACUCACUGCUCCCAAGUAACACUCCACGUACCACCAAAGCGGAAGAGCAAGCACGGAUCUUUUACAUAUGGAUCUUUUUAUGGUGAUCAGAUCUCAUAUCAUCCAUCCUGUUUUUCGGGAUUUCGGGCGGCUGGCCACACCCAUUAUCAUCGAGAUGUCCCUAUAUAGCCCGUCUCUAUCCAGACCAAGGCAACACCCGCCCCCCUCAGAGGGAUGCCGAAAGAGCCAAGGCUGACAGGCCCUGAAUUUGUGAGCCCGUGACACUGACUGAGGUGACGAUCUUAGCUCAGAGCGCCGGCUGGUGGUAGUGGUUGGUUGGCGUGCCAAUGCUGAGAGCGAGACCGGCACCGUACAUGUGCUGUACCGGGUACUAUUCGACAGAUGUUGUAUCGACUUCUUCCCUUCAUAUAGUGCUGAGGUGCGGAAGUACAGAGCACUGCGUACGGGGUACACAUGUCGUUGCGAUGUUGGAGGGAUGGCGGAGAGGACGACCAUUUUCCCCCAUCCUCCCCCCGCCCUCUCCUGCCCGGCAUGUUCAAC